AUGGGAAAAGAGGAUUUAUCGCUUGAAGAACACUUCGCCGAAGUUGAGGAAUUAAAGAAAAGGUUAAAAGUUAUCCUCGAAAAAUAUCCACACUACGAUACAUAUUUUUCGUUGUUACGAUGGCUUGAUUCCUACGAUUAUGAUAUAGAAACAGCUGAGGUAAAAAUGAAGCAAGCAUUCAAUUAUUUUGAGAAAUUUGACAUAUUCGAAAAUACAAAAUUUGAUAGUUAUGAUGAAUUCAAUGAAUUUCUUAUAUCGCAUAUACCAGCCACAAAAUAUUUCCCAGGUGGUGUGAUGGGGACAGACAAACAUGGUAAUAUUCUAUCUAUGCAACCAAUAGGCCGAGUUAAGCCUCGAAUUUUAAUGAAACUAGGAAGAGUUUCAGAUUUCUUUCGAGCAAUUAUGCUUGAAACUGAAAUUUCCAUGGCUCAUCUCAGGAAGGAAGAACUGAAACGUGGCCAUAGGCUCCAUAUUAUAUUAUUAGUGGAUGUCGCUGGUUUUUCCCUCGACACUUUCUAUAUGCCAGCAAUCAAGAUAUAUUUUGAUUCGAUAAAUAUUUUGCAGGAUGUGGUAAAACGGAUCGAUUUUUUGGGAGACAACUGGAAGGAUGUCCUGAGAGAUGAAUUCGGUGAGGAAAAUAUUUUGGAAUAUUGGGGUGGAUCUAAGACUUCAUCCACAUCAACGGGCGCAAUUCGAAUGGGUGGUGAUAUUCCUAUCGACUUUCUUGAAAAAAUUACGAGUUCAUUUGAAAUCAUUCAUGAUGAAAAUUUAACACAUGCAUAUAUAUUUGCUGGCGAUAAGUUAUCGCUGGAAUUCGAAAUCCUCGAUGUCGGAACUAUAUUGUUAUGGUAUUUUACGGUUUCGAAAGGUGACAUCGAUUUUUGGAUUUCCUUUGGCGAUGUCGAAGUGCAACCUGUUUUUCGGAUCUCAACCGAAUUUGUUCCUGAAUUUGGUCAAAUUAUUUGCAAAGAGGCUGGCAUUUACACUGUGAAUUUUAGUAAUAAACGUGGAAGAAUUCGGAAAAAGCAAAUAAAUUAUUCCAUUAAAAGCAAAUUUCAUGAAAAAAGUCAAGCUAAUUUCCAAUCGGCGUCGUAA